AUGAAGGUAGGAUCUGGUAAAGGGAGAAAAGUGUGCCUUACGGUGACAGGUGUUGUGAUUGCAAUAGUACUGCUAAUUGUGAUACUAGCUUUGACUGUGUUCAAAGCCAAGCAUCCUGUUAUCACUGUGGACUCGACGAAGCUAGAAGAUUUUCACAUGAGUUUGGAUAUAGCAAAGCUAAGGGUAGAUUUGAAUGUGACUCUUGGCACAGAUGUCUCAGUGAAGAACCCGAACAAGGUUGGAUUCAAGUAUUCUGACAGCACUGCUCACCUCAAUUACAGAGGGCAGUUGAUAGGUGAAGUCCCUGUCCCUGCUGGAGAGAUUUCAUCUGGUGAGACCAAAGGAUUCAACCUCACCCUCACCAUUAUGGCUGACCGAUUGCUCUCCAAUUCCCAGCUUUUCUCUGAUGUCACAUCUGGCACAUUGCCCCUAAACACUUUCGUGAGGAUUUCUGGCAAAGUCAGCAUCUUAGGUUUUAUCAAAGUCCAUGUGGUUACCUCCACAUCUUGUGAUGUUGCAAUUAAUCUUUCUAAUAGAACAAUUGGGAACCAAGAGUGCCAAUACAAGACAAAACUUUGA